GUCGACGUUCCGACAAACUGGCGCAUGCGCUUGUUGUUAUUCUUUUUGAACUACUUCGAUUGUUUGACAACAGCCUGUAUUCUAUGGUUUGACCACAUGCAUAAAUUCUAACCUCGUAUUUGUGUUUACAUCGUGAAACGCGGAAGUGUUGUUAAAUAAAUUUACUAUGAACAUGGAAAUUGAUGUAAAAUUUAUAAAUCUCGUGCGAGAAAAUAAAGUGUUAUAUGACAAACGAUCGGGUAGUUAUAAAAGAACCGAUAUAAAAAAUAAGGUUUGGCAUAAAAUUGCUGUCGAAAUGAACUUUAAAACCGAUGACGAAGCUAUCAAGAAGUGGAGAGCUUUGAGAGAUAAGUUUGUCAAAGAAAGGAGAAAGAUGAAAAAUGUACCUUCAGGAGCAGGAUCGGAAGUUGAAACAUGGAGUCUGUAUCCAUAUUUAGAGUUUUUAGACGAUUUUGUCCAGCAAAGAAAGCAAUACAGCAAUCUUUCUGUUAGUCAAAAUGGACAUGAAGAGAGCCAAAGCCAAAAUGUAAGCCAAGACGUGGAUUAUCGCAGUCGGAGCACUAUUUCACGGUCUCGCAGCGAAAGCCCAAAUUAAUGUCAGGAGAUGAGACUGAAAACAAUGAAUUGUAUACUCCGAGCACAUCAGGAUCCAGAGUUGUCGGUCCAACACCAACUGUAGGAAGUCGUAAUCGAAAUACAAAUCGAACUUCAGAUGAAGUUUCGCAAAUAGAUGAUUCUAUAAAAUCAAUAGGGCAGUUCUUUGCGAAGAAAUCAUCCAACGACUCGGAUAGCGCUUUUUGCGAAUACGUCGCAUCCGAAAUGCGUAAAAUGCAUCGGCAACGUAAAAAUAACCUUAAAAAACUUAUUGUGAACUAUAUUAGCGAUUUAGUUAGCGAUAGUGAAUAAAAUGCACUUAUAUUGAAAAUACAAAUUUACAUAUCUUUAAAUCUGAUGUAGGU